AUGUUGUCUGCUCUCUCUCGCUGCAUCCGCUGCACUCCGUUCCUCUCCCUCUUGUUCCAUUCCUUUUCCUUUUGGCUCACGGAUCAGCUGACUGACUCCAGCGACUCCACUACGGGUGAUGAUGACUGCGAUGAUGACGAUGGUGACGGUGCGGCUCCGUGUGGUGCGCGCCGUGUUGGUCCUUGCGCUCUUGCUGCUGCUGCUGCUGCUCGUGUGUGUGACGACUCCGGCAGAGGGCGAACACAAAAGGAGGGAUGCAGGCGCUGCGUGUGUGUGUGCAGGUGCCAUGCAACAACGUCACAACAAACAUGCUGCGACUCGGUGACCCUCACAUCGUUGUGGUCUUCACGAAAAGCCGAGGCACGGCCCACAUCGAUGCACUUAGUGGACGGAGUGAGGCAUCUUUCGAGGCGCUGCAGGGAGCAGGAUGUGUUGGCGCUGCACGACGUGCAUGGAGUGUCACGAUGGCACAGUCGGCUGUGGCUGGUGGACUAUUUACUUCUCGGAGGCAACAGAGAGAGAGAGAGAGAGCUGCUGGUGUCGUUGCUGCCUCUUGUGGCCUGCCAUGCCGAUUAUUGUCUGUCCGCUGAUCAUGGGUGGCAUGCCUCCACUACUGACUUCGUCUGCAGGCAUUUCACAGCACCGGUGAAACACACAUCACGUCGCAUGCUUUGGCUGUGGAUGUGGUGUCGUGAAUGCAGCCGGCAUUAUUUUGCCCGACUCCCUUUCACUGCUUUGCGACAAAUAGAUGCGUCCCCGCCCGAGUCAUUCACUGCAGCUCCGUGUGUUGUACUGCCAGCACAAGACUCUCCUGUUGUCUGA